AUGCGAGGCGUGCAGAUCUUCUCAGGGACAUCCCACCCGACCUUGACAGAAUCCAUCUGCGAGCGUCUGGGUGCUGUCCCCGCACCAGCUGAGCUCCGAAAAUUCAGCAAUGGAGAGACAUUAGUCAACAUCGGCGCGUCUGUUCGAAACCAGGAUGUCUAUAUUGUGCAGAGUGGAAGUAGCAAGAUCAAUGAUAGUCUCAUGGAGCUCUUGAUCAUGAUCUCUGCUUGCAAAGGCGGUUCCGCCAAGACCAUAACUGCCGUCAUGCCACAGUCGAAAAAGAAGAGCCACCGAGGUGCUAUCACAGCUCGAAUGAUCGCAAAUCUACUCACCAUUGCAGGUGUUGACCAUGUUAUUACUCUGGACCUACAUUCUGCUCUUCAGGCGUCUCAAAUGCAAGGCUUCUUUGCGAAGCCCGUUGACAACCUCUUCGCAGAGCCAUUGAUAGCCCGUUGGAUUCGAAUGAAUGUACCCAGCUGGAGGGAUGCAGUCGUCGUCAGCAAGAAUGCAGGUGGUACAAAGCGAGUGACAUCACUUGCGGAUACCUUGAAGCUGAAUUUCGGCAUUGUCACAACAGAUCGUCGCAGGCCCAAGAUUCAAAUGAACAUGACAGAUAGCAUGGUCUUCUUUGAUACUAUCGAGAAGGGAAAUCACUCGGCUGGAAGAGCGAUCAAUUUCUUAAAUGCCAACCCAGACUCGGCUGUGGAUGAUUAUUUUCUCUCGAGAUCUGCAGAUACACUACGACCCGAGACUCCUCCAUCAGCUCGGCGACCUUCUGAACUGGAAGCUGCAGAAUAUACGACUGAUGAACGAGCACGUGAAGUGAUUACGGGGCGUAUCGUACAAGGACAUCUUGUCGAUGACGAUUUUGUUGACGGGUCUCAAGUGGCCACUCCCCUUCCUCCAACAGGCUCAGAAAGUGGCGAUAGUACAAACAAUGAUCAUAUGACAGCGUCUUUCAUGUCUGUCGCUUCAUCACAUGAGGAUCACGCCCUUGGUGGAACAUAUGAUGCCGGCGAAUCGGACGAUGAUGAUCCACCCGCAUUGGCUGCCAAUAAUGACGAGAAAACAAUCACACUGGUCGGAAAUGUCAAGGACAAGGCUGUCUUUAUUAUUGAUGAUAUGAUUGAUCGAAGUGGAUCAUGGAUCACCGCCGCUGAGACAGUCGUCAGGAGGGGUGGUGCAAAAACAGUUUACUGCAUUGCUACACAUGGAUUGUUUGGUGACAACUGCUUAGAGGAAAUGGAGCAGAGCGAUGCGAUAGACCACAUUGUUGUCACAAACUCGUUUCCCAUCCCUUCAGAGAAGAUGGGUCUCUCGAAAAAGCUGACCGUUAUCGACGUAUCUGCUCUGUUAUCAGAGAGUAUUCGGCGUCACCACUAUGGCGAAAGCAUAUCUGCCCUAUUCCAAUUGACCGAUUAA